UUAUCAAGGUACCCGGAAGUGAUUGGGCCGUUUUACGCUUGGGAACGCCUGGGAAGGUCCGAGAGCUUGAAAUUGACACGUGUUGGUUCAAGGGGAAUUACCCUGAAAGCUGUCAGGUGGAGGCAGUCGAGUUGCCCCUGGACAUGUCGAAUGAGGACGUGCACAAGGCGCAAGAGCUAGGGGAAGUGCCUUGGCGCAUCUUGCUGCCUAGAACAAAGUUGGGAGCAGAUCAACAGGC